CCAAAACAAGCACUGACGGCUGUGCUGUCCUUGUUCACUAAGGGCUGACAGUAAUCUCGCAAAGUAAACCUUGAAUCGAGGCCAGCCAGCUUUUGUUGGGGACAAGUACAUGUAAAUCGUGUUGGUGACUAUGCUGUUAAUUGACUAUACUGUUGUCAAGGUUAACAUCUGUCCAUUUAGAGAAAUCGGUAAUGGCAAUGCAUCAUGGCUUUGAUCGCUAUUCAACUUGUAGUCACUUGUGCUAGUAACGAAGGUGGUUUGUUGAUAGUAACGAGUUAGGCUUCAUAAGCAGUAUGCACCUGUGAUUUUGCAGCUCUGGCAAGUGAGGUUACAUGUAUUUGAUAGAACCAUCCCUUCACCAUUUUGGCCUGGCAGAAUCUGAUCCUGUUUUGCUCUGAAUAUCAACUUAUAUCUACAAAAGAGAGAUGGGGACUGCAUCAAGCAGACGGGCUGCAGGGAGUACUGGUCCUUCCUCAGAUGUUGUUUGGAUUGGCCCAAGAAAUUAUGUGACCAGAAUGGAGCCAAGACGCUACCAUUUCUUUGAUGGUGAUGAGGCUCGUCGGCCCUCCCGUAUUAACCCAGCCCUGGAGGAGAGGCGGACCCCAACACCGCCUCCCACCGAUGCCCAGCUGAAGGUUGAGAACUGCAACUUGCAGCCAGCAAGCAACAAGUUCUUGCACUACACUGCUGAGCUGGACGAAGUGGAUUGGUUAGUUGUCAGGCGAGGACAACCAUUCCAGCUUGACCUGACCCUGAACCGCCCAUAUGACAAGAGCACCGAUGAUAUCAAAUUUGACUUUCAGACAGGAAGCACCAAGAAUUUCCAGAAGGGAACACAGGUGCUGGUGUCUAUUCGGGAUCCACGCCCAUCUUUAGCUGGAGGAUGGAAGGCAGAAAUCAAAGAGGAGAAGGAGAACACGCUGACGGUGUCCGUCACUGCAUCUGCCAGUGCUCUAGUAGGAAAAUACCACCUCACUGUGCGGACCACUGUCAAAUCAGCAGAGGACUCCAACCAACCCCAGAAUCACUCAUUCAAGGAACAUCGUCCGAUCUGUCUCCUCUUUAAUGCCUGGUGUGAGGAGGAUCAAGUCUACCUGGACAAGGAGGAGGAACGGAAGGAGUAUGUGUUGAAUGAGAGGGGUUACAUCUGGUACGGCAACUCAAGACAGCUGGGCAAGAGACCCUGGGGUUUCGACCAGUUUGAAAAGGGUGUCUUUGACGCGGUCAUGUACCUACUAGAAACUCAUGUUGAUCAGUAUGAACGUGGAAGUUCUGUCCUGGUCUCUCGUUCCAUGUCAGCUGCUGUGAAUUCCCAGGAUGAUAAUGGAGUCUUGAGUGGACGUUGGGAUGGCAACUACAAGCCUCAUGCUAGUCCAUCCUCGUGGUCAGGCAGCCAGCAUAUUCUUGAGGAGCACUUCAAGACCAAAAGUCCAGUUCGUUAUGGCCAGUGCUGGGUGUUCUCUGGUGUCCUCACCACCGUGCUUCGAUGUCUUGGCAUUCCCGCCAGGAGUGUCACCAACUUUGCAUCUGCCCAUGACACCGACAACAGUCUGACCAUUGACAGGUACUAUGAUGAGAAUGGUGAGAGGAUGAAACAAUACGAGAGUGACUCCAUCUGGAAUUUCCAUGUCUGGAAUGAAGCUUGGAUGAGCCGGCCAGAUGUCCCACCAGGCUAUGGCGGAUGGCAAGCCGUUGACGCUACACCCCAAGAAACCAGUGGGGAUAUCUACCGUGCUGGUCCGUGCUCCGUUAGUUCCAUCAAACAGGGCCAAGUGUACUAUCCCUACGACGCAAGAUUUGUCUUUGCUGAAGUCAAUGGAGACAUUGUUAACUGGCAGGUCAAAAACGACCAUGAGUUUGAGGUGAUGAGCAUCAAAAAAAGCAGUGUGGGGAAGAACAUAAGCACAAAAGCAGUGGGCUCAAGGGACAGACAGGAUCUUACACGGGAGUACAAGCACCCUGAAGGCUCUGCAGCGGAAAGAGCUGCCGUCAAAACUGCAGUUUCUUUCGGCACCAGUCCGUGGGUAUACGACCAUCCUGAGAACACAGAGGAUGUACAUGCUGAGCUUGAAUUGCCAGACCUGUGGGUCGGGGCAGAUUUUGAAGUCAAAGUCCCUCUAACUAAUAGGAGCCAAGAAAACAGAUCAGUGUCGAUCACCGUCAUCGUGCAAGUGGUAUACUACACUGGUGUAUUGGCUGCCAAAAUCAAGAAGAUGGAUAAGAAGUUCCAACUUGGACCUGGUCAAAGUGAUCAGAUAACUAUGAGUGUUAAUGCUGAUGAGUAUCUGGACAAGAUGGUGGACCAGUCUGCAUUCAAAAUCUUCCUCCUCGGCCAUGUUGAUGAGACUGGCCAGGCCUUUGUAGAAGAGGAAGACUUCCGUCUGCGUACCCCUGACCUUGACGUCAAGCUGUUGCGCCCGGCGGCCAAUGACGUGCGUGUCGGCGAGCCAGUUGAAGUAGAGCUGAAUCUAUCCAAUCCCCUGAAGAAGAAUCUGACGAACUGUGAGGUCACCGUGGAAGGGGCAGGAUUGUUGCCUCCCCGUGUCAUGAAGCAGAAGGACGUUGUGGGUAGUGGAACGCUCACUCUGAAGGUCGACUUCAAACCUCGGAAAGCCGGGGAGAGGACACUAGUUGCCACCUUUGAUUCAGAUCAACUCUCCCAGGUGACCGGUGAGCUGGAUUUAAACGUUCUGAAGGCCGAGUGAUGUGGUUUGUGCUAAGGCAAAGGAAGUUGCUGUAUCAGACACAUUCAGCAGUCAACUCAGUCAGUUACUAUGGGAAAAAUGAUGGUUAAUUUCAUAAGAUGUAAUUGCCUUAAAAUGUAGUUAUAAAAUGGGUUUUGUGUGUUCAAAGCCAGGUUUUGAAACUCAGUUGAAUUGAAUCUGUCUCCUACUUGCCUGAAUUUAAUCCCUUGUCUGUGGAGUUUCAUGCUCAAUGAAAAAGAGGAAAGAAAAUCUUACAGGGAAACACUGACCAGUGGUUGACCCAAAGAUGGAAAAUUUCCAUUUACCUUGAAUGUUGUAGGCCUGAAAGUGAAUUUAAUUUUCACGGAGAAAGCUUGAGAUGUUAGUUGUUACCAUGAAAUCUGAAGGUCCUGGUUCCCUAGUACAUGUACAUUUUGGCUGGCAUAACAUAUUGAUAACCAGGAUCCACCUACAUUCUUCCUCUCUGAUCUCCAAUUGCCAACUGGUUCAAACUUUGUCGACUAGUAUAAAUUCUUAAAGAAUAGCACAGUCAGAUGAGUGAAUGGUUCUUGAUUGAUGUUGAUCAGAGUCAAAUAGUGUACCAGAGAGAUCAAAAGUCACAGGAUCAGCCCAGUUUUGCUAAGCCACUGCUGUAUAUUGGCAUUACUGAUGUCACUGAUGCUGCCUGAAUGUCAGUGAGUGCAGUAGACUUUUAUAGCCACUGGGCCCAAUAUCCCAGCACUGAUAAACAGCCACUUUGUGCUUAUAGAGCUUCCAAGUACAUUGUAUUUCAUUGAAAUGGAUAAGUGGCAA